AUGGUCUCAUUUUCCUCCCUCAUUCUUGCCGUCGUUGCUGCCGUCGGGGUUGCUGCUGCCCCUUCCGAGGUCCUAGUCGAGCGCGCGGGAACUCCUAGCUCAACAGGAACCAACAAUGGAUUUUACUAUUCAUUCUGGACUGAUGGUGCUGGAGAUGUUACAUACACCAACGGAGCAGCGGGUGCAUACACUGUGAAGUGGUCUGGCAACAAUGGGAACUUUGUAGGGGGAAAGGGAUGGAAUCCAGGAAGUGGAAGGUGAGGAAAUCCGCAUCAUAAAUCUCAUCACAGCAGUUCGCUAAAUGUCUCUCUUUCUCAGGGUCAUCAACUAUUCCGGCAACUAUAGUCCAAACGGAAACAGCUACCUUUCAAUCUAUGGUUGGACCAGAAACCCUCUUAUUGAGUACUACAUCGUCGAGAACUACGGCUCCUACAACCCUGCAAGUGCUGCUACUAAGAAGGGAUCCGUUACCGUCGACGGCUCAAGCUACGAUAUCCUACAGACCACUCGAACCAACCAGCCAUCCAUUGAUGGCACCAAGACCUUUCAGCAGUAUUGGUCUGUCCGAACCAGCAAGCGCUCCAGCGGUUCGGUCAAUACUCAAGCUCACUUCGACGCUUGGGCAAAGGUUGGAAUGAAGCUCGGUACGGAAUUUAACUACUUGAUUGUCGCAACCGAGGGAUAUUUCUCCAGUGGAUCAGCGACCAUCACCGUUUCUUAA